GAAAAAGUUGUUUGAUUAAUAGUGAAUUAAAUUUAUUUUUAAUCAUUAUCAACUAAGAUCGUAUUAUUCGUGAAAAUUUGACCUCGAUUCAACAACCAUGGGUAACAAUUUCGUGUUCAUCCUCCUUUUAUUCUUUUUAAUGGCUCAUGGUUAUCACCACGUUUCCGAAUAUUCAUCAAAUAUAUCGUACGAGGAUAUUAAUGAUGGGGAAUCGAUAAUUGAACGUUUCGUUCGCCGGGUUCGCUCCGUCCAAGAAGAUUACACCAACGUCAAGACCAUCAGAAAAGUACACGAAAUUUAUCCCGAACAAGAACGUUACAAAAGAUCAUCAGAUUAUUUCUCCAAAAGUAGAGAACCAAUCUUAAUUGAUUCAUUCUCAGCUGAUGAUAUGGUGGAGGAUCCAAAUUUUAAAGAUGCAAAAUUAAAAGAUACUAUUUUAGAAGAUUCGUCGUUAGAUGAUGAGUCAUUAGAAGAUGAGUUGGUAGCAGAUGAUACCAUAGAAGAUGCAAAUUUGGAAGAAUCAAAUGUAAAUAUAGAAAAAGAAGAUGCAAUCUCAGAAGCUCGAUUGAUAGAUGUUCCAAAAAUGAAUGUAACAUUUUCGCAACUAUUUGGAGAUAAAUUACUUAAUUCUACAACGGCUGUUGAUAAAACAACAAAAAAAACGGGAGAGUCGCUUGAAUGCUGUGUUGGAGAUGAGAUCUUCCCUAAUUCAACUGAAGCACCACUUGAGAAUCGCGAUAAUUCUGAUGCAAUCAAUCCUAGUGAUCGUACAUUAAAAAUUAAAAUCGUACUCCAACCUAAACAAUCUAACCAAUCCAACAUCGAAGAUUAUUCUCCUCCAAGACGUUCGAGACAAUUAUUAAUGGCGAUUAAGUUUCCAGAAACUGAAGAAGCACCAUCGAUGAUCGACAUCCCAAUUGGGUUGCCAAUAAAUCCAACUUUACCGGAUGCCCAAACUAAAGAAGCGUUUCCAUUUAUUCAAAUCGAGGAAAUUCCAACACUUCCCGAUCAUGGUUUUUCCAAUCCAGUUCCUGUAAUAAGUUUGGCAAUCGAUCAUUUUAACACCACCUCAAUUAAAAAUACUUCCAAUAUAAGCGAAUCAAUUAGUGAAGAUAGCGAUAUAAUUUCCGACAGUUUGAGUCAUCCAUUACAAUUAUUUGACCUGGAUGUAAAGGCGAACCCAACAGAUUCGUUAGAGCCCAAAUCAAGAAAGAGGCAUAAUAUUAACAAUAUGAUACGUUUCAAAAGAAGUGUUUCUGAUUCAACUCCUUCACCAGUUACAAAUUAUAAACCAACAAUUGCGAGUAAUUACACCCUUCUUGUUAAUAAUAAUAAUAACAUUGAAAAUGAUUUACAGGAAAAUAAAUCAACUGAAAGUUAUGUCAUAGAAAGCAUCGCAGGUCCAAGACAAGGUAAUCUUUCUUUAUCUACAAUUACCCCUUCGAUAGUUCUUUUCAAGUUUAAAUUCGGAACCGCUUAUCUACGACCUAAUCCUCUUCUAUCUCCCCAAAGUACUUAUCCGGAAAAAGUUAGCACCGGCGUCAACGUGGAGGAAACCCAAAAGAAUCCCGAAAGACGAAUUUAUGGUUACGUUGGCGUUUAAGGAGAUAAAUCUAACUUGAAGUUUCAGAUUUAAACCUCGAUGAC